ACCAAUCCAUGAAGUAGGGGCGACGUACAAGCAGCCUGUGAUUGGACAGUUGAGCAGUCAUUCAUGGAGCCGUAGCAACAGUGAUCAGGAAAAGAUGGUGGCGGUAAUGGAUGCCAACCGCCGUUAAACAUUAAGAAGAAGAAGUGAUCAGGAAACAAGUGAGUUGGUUUUCUAUCUGGCGUGAACGCGUUUCCGUGGUCAUACUGCUGGCGCUACAGGCUCCUAGAGGGACUGGAUAACUCGUUAACUGCAUGGUCUCAAACUCCUGUAGUCACUAGGCACGCACAGCAGGUAUCUUCUCGUCUCCAAACCCCAUCCCCUGCGCUUACAAAGGAGUGUUGCCAUGGUGGAUGUGAGUAAGUGGCCUCUCUUCACGCUCUUGAGUACACAGGAGCUCGCCUCCAUACGACAGGCAUGCAUCUUUGGAGCAUUUGCGAAUGAGGCCAUCUACAUCACCCACGAUGACGAAGUGUACGUGUUGGGUUUGAACUGCAGUAAUUGUCUGGGCACUGGAGACAGUCAGAGCACAAUUGUUCCUAAAAAGCUGGACAGUCUGACUGGAAAGAAGCUGAUCAGUUUGAGCUAUGGCAGUGGCCCUCAUGUUCUGCUGGCUACACAAGAGGGGGAGUUGUAUGCAUGGGGGCAUAAUGGAUACAGUCAGUUGGGCAAUGGGACGACCAAUCAAGGUGUGUCUCCUAUUUUGGUGACCACUAACCUGCAGAAUAAGAGGGUGACUGAGGUGGCCUGUGGUUCUCACCACUCGUUGGCUCUGACCCAUGAGGGUGAGGUGUUUGCAUGGGGCUAUAACAACUGUGGUCAGGUGGGUUCAGGGUCCACCGCCAACCAGCCAACGCCUCGCAAGGUGUCCAACUCUCUGCAGAAUAAAGUGAUGGUCAGUAUAGCUUGUGGACAGACUUCAUCCAUGGCUGUGGCGGAUAAUGGCGAGGUUUAUGGCUGGGGUUACAAUGGUAACGGCCAGCUAGGGUUAGGCAACAAUGGGAACCAGCUGACACCGUGUCGUUUGAUUGCACUACAAGGCCUCUGUGUGCUGCAGAUUGCGUCAGGUUACGCUCAUUCUCUAGCACUGACCGAUGAGGGCCUACUGUAUGCAUGGGGGGCCAACACUUAUGGCCAGCUGGGCACCGGCAACAAGAGCAACCAGCUCAGCCCUGUACAGGUCAUGACUGAGAAAGAAAGGAUUGUGGAAAUCGCCGCCUGUCACUCCACACACACCUCUGUGGCGAAGACCCAGAGCGGUCAGGUGUUCAUGUGGGGGCAGUGCCGUGGACAGCCCAUCGUGCUGCCACACCUCACACACUUCAGCAGCACAGACGACGUCUUCGCCUGCUUCGCCAUGCCAUCUGUGAUGUGGCGGCUGCUUUCCAUGGAGCAUGAUGACUUCCUGACUGUGGCCCAGUCUCUUAAAAAAGAGUUUGACAAUCCUGAGACCUCGGACCUCAAAUUCAGCGUUGACGGGAAGUACAUCCAUGUCCAUAAAGCUGUUCUCAAAAUCAGGUGUGAGCACUUCAGAUCAAUGUUUCAGUCACACUGGAAUGAGGAUAUGAAGGAAGUGAUUGAGAUCGACCAGUUCUCGUACCCGGUGUACCGCUCUUUUCUGGAGUUCCUCUACACUGACAGUGUGGAUCUUCCUCCUGAAGACGCCAUUGGGUUACUGGACCUGGCAACCUCAUACUGUGAAAACAGGCUGAAGAAGUUGUGCCAGCAUAUCAUAAAGAGAGGAAUCACGGUGGAGAACGCUUUCUCUCUGCUGUCUGCUGCCAUCAGAUAUGAUGCUGAGGAUCUAGAGGAGUUCUGUUUUAAAUUCUGUGUGAACCACUUGACUGAGGUCACACAGACAGCUGCGUUCUGGCAGAUCGACGGCAACAUGCUGAAGGAGUUUAUCUGCAGAGCCAGCCACUGUGGAGCCUUCAAAAACUGACUCUGACGGCCACCAGAUACACACACACACACACACACACACACACACACACACGCUCGGUGUAUUAGUCAAGGAACCCAUCUGUUACUGCAGCCAGUCCUCCUCACAGCUAGUGGGCGCUGUGACACCAGACAGUCAUUAACGCACAGCGCCCCCUGUUGAGCAGGAGAGGAACUCUUUCAUAAUAGAUAACAUUCAUGAAGAAGGGUCAAUGUCUGUCUCAUGCACAACCAUUUCGUACUCAUCUGUUGCCGGAGAUAGUCAGCCAGACGGGACAUUCCCAUUCAUGUUUUAGACAUAUUGCCUUGUGCUAAUAACAAUUUCUAGUGCUGCAGAUGGGAAGAGUGUUGUAAUAAAAUAGAAGUGAGUUUGGGCCAAACAGAGGCAUAAUUUAACUGUAUUACUUAAACAUGCACCACUGAAAAGCAGACAAAGAGACUAGUUCAAUCUUUUUGUUUGUCCCUUACGCUUUAUUGCAUGGGUAAUAUUGAAUAGAGGUCACUAAUUAGAUUUUUUUUUUCUUGCAGUGAUGCUGUGCAUUACAAGUUGCUCUGUUUUUAUUGUAUUGUAUUGGCUGGGAUCUGUUAAUGUGCAUUCUAUUGGAUACAGUCAGCAGACCUUAUUGAUGUGGCCCCUUAUGUUGUUGAAUUAUUUUUGUUUAAAUGUUAUUGACCAAAAGAAUUUCUACUAUCUGAUGUUUUAGUUUUUUGCUUGAUUUGAGUCUUAAAAUGUAGGCCUUUUUUACAGAUUAGGAGGACCACUGUCAGUUAUCGCUUAGUUCAGGAUCUGCUGCUGCUGUUGCAUUUAACCAGUCUGAUGUUUAAGUUUGCUCAAAUAUAGAGUAUUAUAGUUGCACUAGUUGUUUCCUGUGCAGGAGCUGCUCAUAUAAGAUCACUAGAGGGUGUAUAUGAAUUUUUACAGUUGCACCUUUUUAAUAGGUGUCAAACACUUAAUAAUACUAAUGCCUAUGGUAAGUUUUUUUUGUUACAUAUUAACCAACUGUAUUUGUUUUUCACAUGUAUAUACUGUACAGUUUUUGCAUUAGUUUUGUAAAUUAAUCUGUGCACAUUGUGUGCCACAGUUUCUCUUGUAAGAUAAAAAAAACAAGAUAUUAUAAAGAUAAAUAAAGCUUUUCUAAUAGGUU